CUUAAAAAGCUUAUCUUUCUUCUUCGAUUUUGACCUUCUGGGUUAAUCACGGAAGAGUUUUCCUUUUUCGUCACCGCCGCAAUUUUGCCCGGCAGAGGAAGAAGAAAAACCCCUAGUAACUGGGAUUGUACGACGAUGAGGGAGAGGUUUGGAAAUUUCGAGUAUUGAAUGUGAAUUUUUUUUUCUCGUCCCAUCCAGAUUCAAAACAAAAACGCUAACCCUAAAAUCUGGGUUUGAUUUCCUUACUGUUUUGUUUGAAACCUAUUUAAUUUCGUUGUCUUUGUUCCGUUUUCUUGUGUAAACGCUUUUCAAGUCAUAGGACUCUUUGAGAUUUUUGAAUAUUACAGAUUUUGCUUCUUCCUGUCCUAUUGGAGCAACAGAUAUAUAUACCAUAUACAGAUACUUCUCUCUCUCUCUUUCUUUCUCUCUCUCUCUCUCUAUAUAUAUAUAUAUAAACUUGUAAGUAGAAUUGUGGGAAAGAAGGUGAAAUGAGUAGGCUCUCUUUCCGGCCACGGCCAUUGGACAUUCACAAGAAGCUUCCAAUCUUAAAAUCGUUUAAAGACUUUGAAGAUGACGAGACACAAACUUCCACCACUAGAAAUUCUCAGUUGCUGCGUAUAGCUUCUGUAGAGGUUGACAAUGAGGUGCAUCCAGUACCAAGCAAGAAACUGGCUUCAGAAAUACCAACACCUCAAUUUGUUGUUGUGGAUACAUAUGAAAGGGAUUAUUCCCCAACUUUUGGUCAACCUGCUUCUUAUCUACGUGCCAGAGGAGCUCGGUCUGAGCUUGGAGAAUUUGUGGAGUAUGAUCUUGACAAUGAGGAUGAUGAUUGGCUUUAUGAGUUUGAUAAGGAUGAUAACAAGGAUCUUUCACCUGAAAUGCUUGAGAGCAUUAUUUUUAAGCUAGAGGUGUUGGAUCACAAGACACGGGAAAGAGCAGGAGUUAUUACACCAACCCUUGGUUCUCCAAUUCCUGUGCUUUUGCAGCUUGAUGCUGCUGUUGAGGCGCUGCAAUCAUUGUCCAUUAAUUAUGGUGUCUUCCAGGCUAUCUUCAACUACUGGAAAGACAAGCGCAAAAGAUGGCAGAAGCCUAUAUUGCGGCGUUUACAGCCUCCUCCACCGGUCAAUGACACCAAUCCCUACAAUGUGUUUAGGCCGAGGGAGAAAGCUCAUAGACUCCACACAAGAAGGAUGCAGAGGAGAGAAAACAAUGUGCAGUCAUUUGAAAAGCUUCGACAGGUUAGACGCAAUCUUGACCAAGCAAAGACCAUUCUGGAGGCCCUUAUUAAGAGAGAAGAAAAGAAGAGGGAUGUUAUGGAUGGCGAAGUUAGCCUUCAGAGAAUCCAACUCCAAUACAGGCAUGAAACAGAGCUCUUGGAAGAUAGCUUGGCUCUGCCUGGAUUUCCACCAGCUACAACAUAUUACAAAUUUGGGUCAAGCGACGAUGAGUUCAUGGACUCAGAUGACCACACUAGCACCCGUGUACGCACAAGGCCUUCUUCUCUUAUCCCUAACCCUCGUUUCACCAACUCAACAUCUCAACCCGGAGGCAUCAAACAAGAAGUUAGAAGACGACACUUGCAUCACGGAUGGCUUCACAGACUGGAUCCUAAUGAACCAGUCAUGCUGUUCACAAAACCGUUGGUUCCCGAUAAACUGGCAGCUGCUGGCAUCGUUCCUCCGGCACCGGAUUCAUCUUCCGGCCAGCCUCCAAGUCGGUUUCAAGGGAGGAUUGGGCGUGGAGGCCGGAUUAUAUUCGAUAGAUGGAAUCCUUUGAUGCAAUCUCACAUUAACUGCGGAAACUCUUUCUACAUUGCACCAAAUCACCCAUCUACCAACUUCAAUUGAAAAUCUUUCUUUCCUAUGUAAAGAAAAUUCCAUCACCAAUGGUGAUGAGCAAGUGUAUUCAAUAACUGUUCUCUCUAUACAGAAAUUUUUUUUAGUAACUCUAUUCCUUUCUGAUUUUAAUGGAAUAAUCCGGUUAUAUCGGUGGUUCAGUAAACCAAUGGAUACUUGUGCGAGGGACUGAAUUGUAAUAAUAUAUUAAAUUCGUGACAAAAUUGGAUUU